AUGGCCCGACCGAAACGCAAGGCCAAUGCGGGACCUCUAACUGUGGAUGGACUAGAAGAAAGUGCAAAUCGCGCGUCUAAGACUAGCCGAACGGCAGAAACCACAACUCCAUCCAAUGCUUCCCUGGGUCAGAGGUUCGGUGAAACGACGGAAUACAUCCCUCUGAAUCAGCUCCCUCAAGUAGUUGGUGCCGAAGAAGAGGAUGCGGAGGCCACUGAGGUUGCUCAGGGUAGCGAAGAUGCCGAUGAUGCUGCAACAUCGAACUUUGUACAUUACGGAAGUUUUAAAACCACGAUUGUGGGAGUGCGUUACUACCGAGGGCGUGCUACCCGCGGUGAACAUGUCAUCUUGAGACGGGAGCCUCAGAACAAGUACGACAGGAACGCCAUCUGCGUCGAGAAUGUGAUGCGGUGUCAAAUUGGCCAUAUCGGCCGGGGAGUAGCCGCAAAGCUUGCGAAAUACAUGGACCCCCAUGAGAUUGUUAUCGAAGCUGUGCUCACUGGCACGAUCGGAAGCUUUACUUGCCCUAUCAUGCUGAAGCUCUACGGGACUGCUGAUCCGGACAAGGCCGAAGAGCUCCAGAUGCGCUUGAAAGUGGAUGGUCUUCUGGCUCACGAGAUCGAUGUAGCAGAACGUGAGCGGAAGAAGCAACAACAGGAGCAAAGAAGGCAACAAGAGGCGGCCGCUACGCAUGCUCGUGCCCUGGCUCUCGGCCAAGCGGCGCAGGGUUGGCAGACCAAUGAUGAUCCGACCUUUUCCAAUCUUUCAGCCCCAGAAGGUACAGGCAAGAGUGAGGACAGCCUGGAAGACUUGAUGGACCAAAGCAAAGUUUUCAAUCCCAGGGAAAUUGGCCGCGUUGUGGAGACUUUUGGUCAGAAGGAAGACGACCUGGCGAAAAUGCCAAUGGCAGACUCGCCGGAGACUCUUGCCACCACGUUGCUUCCAUAUCAACGCCAGGGCUUGAAGUGGAUGAUUAGCCGCGAGUCGCCCGUUUUCCCUGCUCCGGGCUCGGAUGCCAUUGUGCAACUAUGGAAACAUGACAAAUCCAGUUAUCUCAAUAUCGCAACAAACUUUUCCACUACUACAGAGCCGCCUUUGGCAAGUGGUGGUAUUCUAGCUGACGACAUGGGACUGGGUAAAACCCUACAGACCAUCGCUUUGAUCCUGGCCAACCCCACCCCUCGAACUCCCAGCUCUAGCAAGACUACUUUGAUCAUUUCUCCUGUCGGUGUGAUGAGCAACUGGCGGAACCAAAUCCAAGACCACACCCGCCCUGAAACAGCGCCGAAAGUUUUCAUUUAUCACGGAACUGGGAAGAAAGAAGCAAAGAACCUGGCCAACUACGAUGUUGUGAUCACAAGCUACGGCGCCCUUCACAUGGAAUUCAACCCACAGGCUAAUAAACCACCAGCAAAGGGCAUCUUUUCCCUUCACUGGCGCCGUGUGGUCCUAGACGAAGGUCACACCAUUCGUAACCCACGAAGCAAGGCAUCCCUUGCGGCGUCGGGCUUGCGUGCGGAUUCGCGUUGGACAUUGACUGGAACACCCAUCAUCAACAACCUCAAGGAUUUAUACUCGCAAGUUCGCUUCUUGAAGCUGUCCGGAGGAUUAGAAGAUCUCGGGGUGUUCAACAGUGUCUUGAUUCGACCUCUGACUAGUCGCGAUCCCGAGGCUCGCCUGCUACUUGAGGCACUCAUGGCAACGAUCUGUCUUCGGCGCACCAAGAGCAUGAAAUUCGUGGAUAUCCGACUUCCGGAGAUGACAUCUCGUAUUCUUCGCGUCAAGUUCCAUGACCAUGAGCAGAAGAAAUACGAUGCCCUCCAACAGGAGGCCAAGGGUGCCUUGCUCCAGUUCAAGGAUAACCAAGGGUCGUAUUCGAAUCUCCUCGAAGUACUCCUACGCAUGCGCCAGGUUUGCAAUCAUUGGGGGCUAUGCAAGGACCGCAUUGAGACGCUCAUGAAAACUCUCGAGGAGAACAAGGUCGUGCCUCUUACUACGGAGAACGUCAAAGCUCUACAGGAUUUGCUUCAGCUCGCAAUUGAGAGCCAAGAGAUCUGUGCCAUCUGCUUGGAUAACCUCGAAGAGCCUGUUAUCACUGCGUGCGCCCACUCCUUCUGCAGUGGUUGCAUCAAAGAAACAAUCAUUCGCCAGCACAAAUGCCCGCUCUGCCGAGCCGAAAUCAAAGAUGAAUCGGUGUUGGUUUUUCCCGUGGUCGAUCUGGGCGAAGAUCCUUCAACAGCGGUCGCGGAUGCCAGCAAGCCAAGUUCCAAGAUCGAGGCGCUCAUGAAGGUUCUCACAGCGAAGGGCCAAGCCGAAAACACGAAAACAGUCGUGUUCUCACAGUGGACUUCUUUCUUGACGCUCAUCGAACCCCAGCUUGAGCAGCGCAGUAUCAAAUUCGCACGGGUGGAUGGCAGCAUGCAGUCUAUCAAACGCGACAACUCCAUCAACAUGUUCUCCAACGACCCCUCUUGCACUGUUCUUCUUGCGAGUCUGAACGUGUGCAGUGUUGGUCUCAACCUGGUUGCCGGCAAUCAAGUUAUUCUCUGUGAUUCGUGGUGGGCACCGGCCAUCGAGGAUCAGGCCAUCGAUCGAGUUUAUCGCCUCGGGCAGAACCGGGAGACGACCGUGUGGCGGCUUGUCAUGGAAGAUACCAUUGAGGAGCGCGUGAUUCACGUCCAGGAGCGCAAGCGAGCGCUCAUGCAGGCUGCGUUCCGUGAGACUGGUAGGAGAAAGGCCGAGGAUAGGACGCAGCGAGUGGCGGAUCUUGAAACCCUCUUGGAGUGA